GUGAUUUUACGCGCGACAUCGCAUCAAUAUUCUUUAUUUACAUCGUGAUCGCGUCGUGUGACUUUAGUUAGGUUACGUCAAUAGCAUAGUUCCGUAGCAGUUGUCAUAUUACGUCACGUUACUCGUUAGCGUAACAACAUUUAUACAUAAAAAAUUUAUUAUCAGUUCAAGUUCGCGAUACAAAUUAACGUUACUCCGAAAGCAUCGCGUUUUACGAUGAAUGAAAUUAGACCGCGGCGUGCUUCCUACGCUAACGUAAUGAGUAAAAAUAUCACGAUUAAAUGGGUCAAUCUCAUAACACCACUAUGACUCCUACUCGUGUGUUAUUCAACGAAAAGGGAGAUAACGGGCUUGUCCUCUGCGACAAGUAUAUCCCGUCUGAGCUAUUAGUGGAGAUUUUCUGCAACAGCAAUCUCAAGACCCUGUUGAAUUGUCAAUUGGUGUGUCAACGCUGGAAGAUGCUGAUACAGAGUUAUGUCUGGCCUAAGAAGGUAGAGAUGACACUGGGCAAGCCAUUUCCACGGGGUAAAAAUAUACCUUGGGGCGUGUUCUAUUUGAUAUGCAAGAAGAAACCGUUCGAGAGAAACUUGAUAAAAAAUCACUCCGGAGGGGAUGGAGUCGGUCGUCACUGGCAGAUUAUCAGCCAGGGUGGCGAUCAAUGGGCGAUUGAGAAUCCACCUCAGGGUGUACCUGAGUUACCGAUGACCGAAUCAGUAUUCGAGGGGAAGCAGAACUGCUUCGUGACAUCUUAUCACUUUUGCUUCAAAACACAGCAGAUAGAUCUAAUAGACGAGGGAUUUACUCCGUACGUGCUGGACGUGUUGCAGCCACCUAUAGAAGUGAGUGAAUGGUACAGCUGUCGAUGGGAUUGUCCAGCAGUUUACGAGUGUCAAGUCAGAUUGUUGAGAGAUGGGAUGCCUUUACAUCCUUCGUUCUCCUCGGUAGAUGUGUUCCAAUUACAUGAUAACUUGGAAGGGGAGAAACAGAACAAAUGGUUUCGUGCCUCGCAUGUAUUUGAGAAUUAUGGAACCGGCGUCAGGAAGAUUAAUUUCUGUCACGGUGGAAUAGACAGAUCAUUUUGGGCAGGGCAUUACGGUAGUAAAAUGGCUGGAGCGUGUGUCUAUGUGAGGGUUCCUCCGGUUCAAUAUACUCAAGAUGAUCUAGAUACACCACCAAUUCUCGACGAAUAGACUCUUUUUCAAGAGGAAUAAAAAUUCUCUCCGAGGAACAAAAUUGCUUUCAAGGAAUAAAAUUUCGUUCAUGAUAAAAUAAUAUUAUUCCUGAAGCAAUAAUGAUAAUUAUUUUAAAUGGUUGUACAGAGAAAGCCCCUCUCCUCAGUAACUUAUUGCAUUUAUAUUCGUCUCGAGACGGUUAUAUAGUUAUAUUUAUAUUUCUUGCAAACGCGUCUCGCAUCUAUUUUUAUAAUAACAUACGAUGGGGUUAUUUGCGAUAAUCAUACUUGCAGACUCACAUGU